UCACUUAAGAGAAGGAGAAGUGGAUGUUUCAUGGGAGGAAGGCAACCCAUCAAAAAGAAGGUGGUUGUGGCCUGAGAAGGUAAAUAUGAAUUUAGAUUCCAUUUAUCGGUUAAUCGAGGAAACACAAAUCUUCCGGAUGCAGCCAUCAUCGGUUACACCACCUAGGGACAUGGUGGCACCUGCCUCGGCACCCCGGGGCACCUGCGAUUCCUGCUUGCCCCUCAGGGGUCCCCAGCCUCCUGCCGCCCCCCACUUCUGGGCUCCCUCAGGCCACCCGGGCGAGUGGGACAUUUGUGAGGAGCUCCGCCUGCGGGAACUGGAAGAGGCCAAGGCCAGGGCCGCUCAGAUGGAGAAGACCAUGCGGUGGUGGUCGGACUGUACCGCCAACUGGAGGGAGAAGUGGAGCAAAGUGCGCGCCGAGAGGAACAGCGCCCGGGAGGAAGGGCGGCAGCUGCGCAUGAAGCUGGAGAUGACUGUGAAGGAACUGAGCGCCCUGAAGAAGCGACAAAGCUCGCCGCACCCGAAGGAGGCGUCGGACGCGCGCGCCACCCAGCACCAGACGCGCCCUAGUUUCAUAGAAGUGUCCUGCGUACAAAGGGACCAAUUUCGGAUUGGCUUGCCAACGUGCAAGUCCACCAGGGAGUGUUUGGUAAAAGGAGAAUUUCUGCCAAAGGAGAACACCGGUAGUAUGGAAGAAGGUUUGGUUCUGGACCCGUUAAGACCAAAUGAGGAGAUGAAGCUCCCUCUGGACUGUCCUGACUCAUUCAAGAACGGUGGCUCCGCAAGUGGGGCCAUAGUACCUGGACUAAGACACCCGGUGGUAACUCGGCCCCUGGAGAACGAAGUGCCUGAAAUUUCAGCUUUGCAGGUGCAUUUGGAUGAGUUCCAAAAAAUCUCAAGGAAAGAAAGAGAAAUGCACUCCUCUCUGGAAAAAGAAAUAGGACGCCUGGAGUCUGCUGUGUCUUUAUGGAAACGGAAGUAUGAAGAGCUGAAAGAAUCAAUGUUCAAAAAUAGAAGCGAGUUUACCAGUCUUCAUGGUCAACGGAAAAAUGAAAUGGAAGAACUAUCAGGAGAUAUGAAGGAAAGGUCAAAAUCUCAAGAGAGCCAGGAUAGAGUGAUGUAUGAGUUCCAAGCAGAGGAACUGUUGGACCUUCAACAUGCCUACCAGACACUCAGCAGACAAUACCAGGCGAAAAUAGCAGAGCUGACUCGUGCAAACCACCGUGCGGACCAGAAUGCAGCCGAAGGAAAGAAACUGAAAUGUCAAGUGGAAGAACUAAGAGAGAGACUCAACCAGAAAGAAGAUAAGCUCGAUGAUGCCCUAAAUCAGAUCCGUAAGCUCCAGAGGUUGCUGGAUGACCAGAAAGAAGCAAAUGAAAACUUGGAAACAGAACUCAAGCACUUACAAAACCGGUAAUUAUCACACACACACACACACACACACACACACA